GAAGCAGCACGCACGUGCGGCAGGGCGAGUCGUUGACCCAGAUGAAGAACAGCUGAUUAGCGGAGCUGGGGAUGCGGUUUUUCUGCCUGAGGAAGUAGGCGCAGACCGACCACAAGCUACAGGCUCGUCUCUUGUCACCGACUACACGGAUGAUCCGGAGUGGGCGCAUCGACUUGCGCCUUUUGAAUUAAGGGUAGGUUCGUUAAAGGUGCUUUUGUUCAUACUGUAGUUUGUUAUGGCUAUCUCAAAUCCAUUAGACCAUAUGGAUAAGGAGGGCACAUGACAUGACAUGGCUCUCUCCCUGCUUAGGUGCUGUUGACAGCCAUAACAAGCGGGAGAACCCACGAACACCAAGAACCUACCUCUAAUUGAAGUUCUGGAGUUGAAUCACAUAGCAGCU